AUGGUCACACUCACGGACAGCCAAAAGGCAACUCUUAGCCCUGAAGCUGUCAAUUUCCUUGACGGGGUCCGUCACAUUCCUUUUGCCAACACUGUUUCACCUUUUCUCGCUACACCUCGUCGGGUUCCGGGAAUCCGCCAAACAUUUAAUGCGAAAAUGGCUGCGGGAGAGGCGGCACUGAUCGAGCAACACACCCUCAAGAUCAAGGAAGUGACUAUCGCAGGCAUUACAGUUACGGUUAUCGAGCCACCCAAUAUCAAGCCCGAGAAAGAGAAAAAGAUAUUGUUUAAUGUUUACGGAGGGGCAUUCAUCAUGGGCAGCCCGAAAGAUCGUGCUGCAUUGACCAUGGCCGCGGAGUUAGGCGUCCGAGUCUACUCAACAAACUACACCAAAUCGCCAGAGGCAAAGUACCCGGUAGCUCGUGACCAGUGCCUUGCGGUGUACACCGAGCUCAUUCGCGAUGGUCCCCCAGGUGCUGUACCCAUCGAUCCAGCUGAUAUAUAUAUGAUGGGGUGCUCUUCUGGUGCGCAAGUGCUUGUUUCAAUGCUCCUAGUCGCGCGUCGGGAGGGCCUGCCAAUGCCCUCCGCCGGGCUGUAUCUAUGUGCGCCGGCCUUAGACCUCAGCGGGGCAGGCGAUUCGAUGGUCACCAAUGCGAAUGAUCGGGACAUCAUGCCAGUUAGCCUGUUGACUAGCAUGGUGGCGCAGAAUUACGCCCCCGAGGGAAUCAAUCAGAAAGAUCCUCUGUAUUCACCUAUAUAUGCCAACUAUGACGCACACUUCCCGCGAACAGUUAUUACUGUCGGCACGCGUGACUUUGCUCUGAGCCACGGCGUGCGGUUGUUCUGGAAGCUGAGAGAUGCUGGUGUCAAGGUGGAGCUGUUAGUCUCGGAGGGCAUGUGGCAUGGAUACAACUGGGACCCUGUUAUUCCGGAGGCCCUUCAUACCCGCGCCACCGUUAUCGAUUUUCUAGAGAGAGAGUUGUACUUAGAGUCAGCCGCCACGUCUGUUUGA